AUGGCCUCCCAGACGCCUACCUCUAGCCCGCUGCGCAAGAAGCAGCGCAAAGAACUCGACAGAUUCAUUCCUAAUCGCGACGAGGACAUGAAUGUCAGAUUCAGAUUUCCCUCCGAACCCAUGACUCCGACGAAGAACCACAAAUGCCUGAACGCUGAGCAGUUUGAAGCAACCGAAUCCAGACGUCGCUACCAGAAUAUGCUCCGAAAGGAGAUCCUCGAAGACACCGGGGACCAAGGGAGACUGUUCUCUUUUGGACCCAGACCAGACCCCCUGACGCCAUCUCGAACGCCGCGCACUCCUCAUUCCGAUCGCGUCAAUCUGGAUACCGGCUCAGACACAUACAACCUAUCGCCCGUCAAGUUACUUCCCCAGACUGAACGCUACCUCCGGGGAUUGAAGCCUAUACCGAAGCCGAGGCGGCUGGACAGCGUCCCCUACAAAAUACUGGAUGCCGUAGGACUCCCGGAUGACUUCUAUCUCAACAUGCUCGACUGGGGCUCGCAGAACAUACUCGCCGUCGGCAUGGGCGCGCGCGUUUAUCUCUGGAACACAUUGCUGGAAGAGGCCAUUCUGCUCUGUGAAUUACCAGCCAUCACCGGAAGACCGGAUGCGGUGAACAGCGUCAGCUGGGACCAACGCGGUACCACACUCGCCAUUGGCACGAGAAGGGGCCUCAUCUAUCUCUACGACGUACAGUCUCAGCGACGCAUGCGUAUCUUCGCAGACCAUAUCUUCCGUGUGGGCGCCCUCUCUUGGGACGAGCACAUACUCUCCUCAGGCUCUCGGGACCAUACCCUCGUGCAUCAUGAUGUCCGCCAACGUCGCGAGGUCACCUUCGUUUCUGCCCACAUUGGGGAAAUUUGUGGUGUCAGAUGGAGCCCGGGAACCGGACACCUAGCCACGGGUAGCAACGACAAUUACGUCAAAAUCUGGGAUAAGAGACGGCUGGAUACCUCAAUCUUCACGUGGGCCGAGCAUAAGGCCGCCGUCAAGGCCAUUGCCUGGAGUCCCCAUAAGCGGGGUUUACUGGCCACAGGAGGUGGAACCGCGGAUCGCUGCAUCAAAUUCUGGGAUAUUAAUCUCCCAGAACACGAAGUCAAGAAGCAACUUCGCAACAACGCGACUCGUCCCGGGCCGCCUGUGUUUUUGGAUCAAGAGCCCCAAUCAUCCCCUAUUCGUCGACGUCGCAUCAAUGAGAGCAGCGCUGACGACACCAACGAUGUCGUUCACGGAUCAUCUCGUACUGCGCUUGACCGCCAGGACUCGCCCGCACGGAUCGCCCAUGACGUGUAUGACGCGCGCCCGGCGGAGAGGAUGGUAGAAAAGCCGGAUUGGAUGACCGAUCCACACCUUCUCAGCUCCCACGACACGGGUAGUCAAGUUUGCAAUUUGAUGUGGUCACCUCACAGCGACGAGAUUGUGUCCUCCCACGGCUACAGAGACAAUCAAGUCGAAGUCUGGAAUUACCCAUCCAUGCAGAAUGUGAUUACAUGGACUGGGCACACUCGCCGUGCUGUUCACAUGGCCAUGAGUCCAGAUGGCGAAACCGUGUGCACGGGCGCGGGGGACGGCGACGAGACCGUCCGGCUGUGGAGACUCCCUCGAGAGGAGAAGAAGGAGGAGAGAAGGAGAAGAAAGAAGCCGAGAAUCCCUCAUCUUUCAGCCUUCGAGGAUGCCACGAGCAUCCGAUGA